CGUUUCCACACCUCUCACUUCAUCUGCCUUCCUCAUACACACACAUACACACACACGCACACACACACACACACACACACACACACACAGAUAGAGAGAGAAAAACAGAAAGCUAGAGAGAUAGAGGGAGACAGCAGGAGAGAGUAUGCAUCGUUCUGUGCAGUGAAGAUUCUGUCUGUGUUUCAUUUCCUCGUUUAAUCCUCCAGACUUCAGAUGAAAACAUGCAAAGCAGAAGGGUGGUCACAGAGAACCCACAGCGAUUCUGUAGCACACUCCACAGAGAGCAAGAGAGAUAAACACCAGGAGCUGCUGUACACAUCUACAUGAGAGCUGAUGUUCACACACACACACCAUGAAGAAGAUCUACAUCGGCAAAACCGGCCUGAAAAGCUCACGGGCCGGCUGUAAGCACCAGAAGAAAAGCUCUCUACAGGAGCAGAAGGAGGAUCUGAGGAAGCGUUUGUCCUUCACCACUCAGAAGCUGGAGCUGUUAGAGAGUGAGUUUGACUCCACGAGGCAGUACCUCGAGACCGAACUGCGCAGAGCUCAAGAGGAACUCGACAAGUUCACUGAUAAACUGAGGAGAAUACAGAGCAGUUAUUCGGCGUUACAGAGGAUUAAUCAGGACCUGGAGGACAAAAUUCACAGAACUUCUCAACAUCAUGACGAUGAGAAGCGAGCGCUCAGUCAUGAGAUCAUUGUCCUUAACACACACCUGAUGGAGGCAAAGAUCACCAUCGAGAAGCUUAAAGAGGACAAUGAUAUAUACAGGAAGGACUGCAACCUGGCAGCUCAGCUCCUGCAGUGUAAUCAGUCUCAGUACAGAGCUCAGCUCUCUGAGUUGCCAGCAGAUUUUCUGGAGCGUCUGAGCCUGCACAUCGAGGAUUCCUCACCGAUCUGUCGCUCGCCAUAUUCCGACCCCAUUCCCUCCUCUGUCAUGGCUAAUGUUUUGGAGAAACCAGAGGAAGCGUCACGUUCUCCGAGUCCAACACGUCACGAGCUCCAUGAGCCUCACGAGCACCCAGGCUUCCUGAUUGGCACACCUGUGAGCGGAGACGAGCGUCUGGGUCUAGGUUUGAGGGGCGUGGCUAAGUGUGAUGUUUACAGCAGUGACACGGCGCUGUACUGCCCAGACGAGCGGCGGCGCGAGCGCAGGCCCAGUGUUGACCUGCACCGCUUCCCUCAUUUUAACACCUCUGUGGGCGGAGCCUCCAGCUCCUACUCCAGUUUUAGUGGGGGCGGGUCUGAAGAAAAAGGGGCCGAGCCUCCUUAUAGCACCACCUCCUCGCCUCAACACCAUGGGAUCUACAUGGAGUGGAGAGACGGUGUUGAGUAUGAGCACAAAAGUGACGAUUCCUGGGAAAGAGAAAGUCCGAGUGCCUUCAGUGCGUCUCACGCUUACCAAAAUGGCGGCUCUCCUCUCUACAGUGGUGCAAUGUCAUGCUACAGUGAGCCAUACGAGCCCCUCCCACCAUCCACCUCACCCAGCGUCAACUACGGUGACAGUCGGCGUGGCAGUGCUCUGGUGCCAGAAGAGGAGGAGGAGCCAGAGGAGGAGCAGGAGGUGCUGAUUGGCCGAUGGAGGCGGUUGAGUGUAGAGGACGUCAGCGCUCAUUCGUUCUGCAGCGCCGGACGCGCUUCACCAUACAGCUUCUCCGAGCAGCACUUCUCCGUCCGACCCGCCAAGAUCCGGCUUGGCCCGCUCUACAGCAGCUUCCAGGAGGGAAGUGACGCCUAUCGGCACCACGGCACUACCCUGCUGGAUCCAUUCUCCAGUGCUGAUCUCCGGAAUACACACUUGUACAGCACAGAGGAUGAGAACCAGGAGGUGGAGCAGCAGGUGGCUGGACUCGAGCAACAAUAUGAGGACGAGGAGGUGGAUGUGAGUCCCACCAGCUCCAAUGAGUCACUGGAAAUCGGAUCCAUGGAAAUUGGUGCUGAGCUGCAGUCGUUUCAGCCGGACCGGAUUAGCGCCUCUCCUCAGGAAACGGGUUCUCCUCAGAAUCAGGCAGCAUCACAGUACCAAACGUUCACCACUCUGGGCCUGACGAGGAAGGACAGCCUAACGAAAGCGCAGCUCUAUGGCACUCUGCUCAACUGAGGACCCUGUGAGGUUCCUCAAAUACACUGGAAACCUUAUUUAACACAGAACAAAAUGUUUACUUCACGAGAAGGACCUCAGAAGAGAUCUGUUCCACUUUAUUCUGAUCAUCUGAGGACCUGAUCUCACUUUAUUCAGUUCGGGCCACACGUCUGAGUGCGCUACUGAGAACCGUUAUAAUGUGUGAUGCGUAUUAUUGUUUCUACUGAUUUCAGCCAAUCAGAACGCACAAUUUUGGAAUUGUUAUUAAAACUAGGGCUACAUUAAUAAAAAAAAAUGUAUCAGUCUUUUAGUAAAGUUGUGCGUAAAUGUUUUCGUGGCCAAAUCCAACUAAAUUUUCCCACCAGACUUACAAAAGUUUCGCUGACUGUGUUCAUACACAUGCAUGUAUGUUGAUAAACACUAAGCAGCUGUAAAUUACGAUUUUGAAGUUACGAAGCACGUUUACAACACAGCUAAUUUACCACGCCCACACAAUGACAAAAACGACAAAAUGGUGGCUAAACAGUGAAUGUUCCAUUAAUGCAGCUCAGCCACUGCAGCGCGUCAGCUAACACUAAUACUCUGUCUUUUAUAGUCAUUACUUUUGUCCUAAACGAAUGGCUCGUCUUAGUUGUGUUAAUUUAUCAAUUUGUUUUGGAGUCGCUUUCUUUAAGGUCACUAAUAUGAAGUGAGUUUCAGGAAAUGUUUAUUAAACUGGUGUGUAACUGUUUAAACUCGACAGUGGAGUGUAGAUAUAAACACCAUGUUUCUUGUGUAAAGGCUUUUAUCAACCAUUUAAGAUUAAAGUUGUUCGUAUACAACGUGAUAAACGAGGCCCAAUACGGGUAUAAGAAGUUAAGUAGCGUAAUGCUGAAACAGUUUACUGUGUAACUCCACCCCCUAGCCCCGCCCAUGAAAACCAGGCAGAUCCAAACGCAUUGCUGUAACUGUCAGGUGAGGGACCGCGCUCCAUCACCGUGAUUCACCAGUGAUCAGAUUUCCAAAACUGGCAAGUUUGGCGUUGGGGGUGAAAAGCCCUUAAGCGCGUGUCUAUAACACAUUCAAAACCAACCAACGACUUGUUUGCAUGCCGAUACACCAACCUUCAUGACAUCACUUCUGUGCUUGGUGUAAAAAGUCCGUGAGUGAAUCAGAUCGUUGCCGAGCGUUUCAGAUCGAGGUCCGUGUGAUAUUAACCGAUCAGAAGGCCUCUCGGUGGUGCACUCAGACCUUUUUCUGACCCGACUGUGUGUUCUCUCUGUGUUUCUGCUCAGUGUUGUUUUUCUACAGUGGAGAUAAAGUCAUGAUGACGUUCUAUGGUUGAUAUGAAGCUUGGACAUUUCCACAGCAGAAUUAAUGCUUGUGAACGCUACUUAUUUCAAGUUUUUUCAAGUACUGCAGAACUAGGGGGUGGAGUCAGACCUGAGUCAGCUCCUCCCAGCUGGGUGGAGUCAAAAUAAAAAUCCAGGGGGUGGAGACAACUUUCAAGCUGGAGAAGUGUGUUGUUCCAUAUUGCAGGUCAUCCCAAGGAUUAGAGUUAGGGGUGAGGGUUACAGGAGGAGUCAGGUCAGGUCCAGCUCCACCCGCUGUGCUUUUGCAGUCGGUUCUAUCUUGGUUUUUUUAUUUGUUUUUUUGGAAAUUGUGAUUUGAUACACAGUGUGUGGUGUGGUGUGAGGUCUGAGAUUACGAAAAGCUUUACAACACAGAGAAGGCUGGAGACCACAUGUUAAUUUUCAGAGUGAGAGUGAAAUUGUAUUUUACCCCAGCUGUAUUUAUUGUUCAGUAAAUCCGUGAUGAAUGAAACUCUGAUUUCAGAGCGAAUCAUCGUGACGUUAGAAGCCCCUACCGCCAUGAAUAACAAUAAAAUGCCUCAAAUUCAGAACCUACAAAUCAUUGGGUGUGUCCCAAACGCUAGCAAUGGAUAGGAAGAGCUGUGUGCUAAUGUAGCCUGCUAGCUAAUGGGCUAAUUAGCACUUAGCAUGUGAGAUUAUCACUAAAUCCUGACACACACCCCGUUCACAGUGCAUUAUGUAAUACACACACAGAGAAUACACACUGUAUGAACACUCCACUAGGAACAGAGUGUGUGUCCCAGCGUUUGUGGCAGAGCUUUAACAAAGUUUCAGAGCCACGCCUCCUGCUCCUCUGAUUGG